UUUCAAAAAAAGAGUUGGAAAAAAAUAGAAGUUAAAAGAGCUGGUGAAAAGGGGUUUGGAGUUUUUGCUAAAGAGAAAAUUUCAAAAGGAACUUUUAUUAUUGAAUAUGUAGGAGAAGUAUUAGAUGAAAAAAUUUACAAACAAAGACAAGAAGCUUAUGAUGGUGAACGCCACUAUUAUUUCCUUUCAGUUGGUACCAAUCAAAUUAUUGAUGCCUCAAAAAAGGGUAAUAAUGCUAGGUUUAUUAAUCACAGUUGUGAUCCAAACUCUGUAUUGCAAAAAUGGACAGUUGGCCAUCAAUCUAGGAUAGGUGUUUUUGCACUUAGAGAUAUUGAAAAAGGAGAAGAAGUUACUUUUGACUAUGCAAUGGAAUGUUAUGGUGUUUCCUUCCAAAAAUGUUAUUGUGGAAGUGCAAAUUGCAGAGGAACAAUUACAUCAAAAGAUAUGUCCUUGCUAGAA